UUUCUACGGUAGUACUAGGGGGUCAAUCGUUGUGUAAAGAAUCGUGGCGGCAGAGGAUUACUAUUGUUGCUUGGAAAUACUAAAUAAACAAUUAAUUAUAUAAAUAUUUCAAUUAAUACUAAUAAUAAAAAAUAAAUAAAAGUGCGGGUAUAAAAAUGUUAAAAGAUCCCAUAAAUCUGGACUCUGAAGGCGAUAAGCAAAGGCAGGCAAAUUGGCUGGAGUCAUACAAUGUCAUAUUGACCGAUUGCGAUGGUGUUUUAUGGUAUGAUGAUGAAGUCAUUGCCGGAGUUCCCGAAACCAUCAAUGCCCUGCAAGCUAAGGGAAAGAAAAUCUAUUUUGUUACCAAUAAUGGCACCAAAACUCGCGCCGAAUUAUGCGAGAAAGCUCGACGCAUGAAUUUUAACAUAGAAGAAACUCAAAUCAUAGCUCCCACUUUUUCGAUAGCCGAAUAUCUCAAGCUUAAUCUGAAAAGGAAGGACAAAGUCUAUGCCAUAGGCAGUUCGGCCUUGGGCAAGGAAUUAGCAGCUUUAGAAAUUCCAUUUUUUGGUUUGGGCCCUGACCCUGUAAAACCUAUAUGGGUGGAUGUAUUGCAGGCCAUAGACAGACAAACUAAAUCGGAUACUAUUGGAGCAGUGGUGGUGGCUUUCGAUGAGCAUAUUAGUUAUAACAAAUUGAUGAAGGCUUCCAAUUUUUUGGGUCAAAAUGAGAAAUGUCUAUUUUUGGCAACAAAUGCUGAUGCUGUAUCCAAAUUUCCCAUGUAUUGUAUACCUGGUACUGGGGCUAUUUUGAAAGCCAUUGAGACUUGUGUUGGCCGCGAAGCUUUGAUUAUGGGCAAACCAAAUCCUUUGGUAUGUGAACAUUUGGUACAGAGCGGUAAAAUUAAGCCAGAGAGAGCCUUAAUGAUUGGCGAUUGUUACAAAACCGAUGUCUCAUUUGGUAAAAAUUGUGGUUUCUCCACUCUACUGGUUGGCACUGGCCGCUACAAAUGGAAUGAUGUUGAGGAACUGGUUAAGCAAGGCAGUAAGGAAUUCAUACCCAAUUUUUAUAUAUCUUCCCUAAGUGAUCUGAAAGCUUUUCUUUGAAAGCUUUAGUUAGAGUGAUUCAAGGAAUCGUAUCCAUCAUACUUCCCCUGCCGAUCUAAAACCUUACCUUUAACCUUUUUACCUAAAAAUUUAAAGCAAGUUGAUACUGAAUUCAUACCCAAUUUUCAUAUAUUCGCCUUAACGAAUCCAAAAACUUACCUGCAAAAACUUUAAAGAAAGAAAUUCAAUUUUUUAACAGUUGUACUACGUGUUGAUUCACAUAUUGUAAUCGUAUAUUUUAAUAAUAAAUAUAGAUGUUAAAUGUAA